AUGUCUAGCAAACAGUACCUGGACACGGCCACGGCUGUCCCCUCACACGAUGAUGGUCACACUACCAUCGACACUCAGCUGCUGGGAACACUGUCGCAAUCGUUGUCAACAGCAGCGAUAGCCGCAUUCAUCUUUGCAGUGUUUUUCUACAUUCCCACCAUCCAGCGCAAGAUCCAGCUUUCCAAAUUACCAGUCCACAACACGAGCGGUAAAUCAGGAGAGAAGCAGCGCCAGGAGUUUCUCUCGUCUGCGAGGAAGAUCUAUGAAGAAGGAUAUGCCAAAUUCAAGGACAGGGUCUACAGAGUUCAUACUGAUGAUGGCCGAAACACCAUCGUGGUGCCCCCCAGUUUACUACCUGAAUUGCGGAAGCUCCCAGAUGAUUGUCUCAGCUUUUCCAUGUUCGCUGCAAAUAUCUUGGAGACCAAGUAUACCAAAGUCAACACAGAUGCACAAUUGACAACGCAUGCGGUCAAGUCUGAUCUUACGCCAGCAUUACCUCGCUUGAACGCCAUGGUCUGCGAAGAGGUCGACCAGGCGGUACGAGAGUACAUGCCACCAUGCGAUGACUGGACCGAAGUCUUUAUCAACCAGAAACUAGUCGAUGUAGUUUCCAAGGUCUCGGGCGCCAUCUUCGUUGGGAGGGAAAUGUCUCAAAACCCCGAAUAUCUCGACGCUUGCAGCAACUACACCGUGGAUCUCAUGACAGCAGUCUCAGCCAUCAAGCAAGUUCGCCCAUGGCUAAAGCCAAUCCAGGUACCCCGCCUGCCAGAGGUUCUUAAACUUCGCGAGCGAGAGAAGGCCGCUUACAAGCUGCUGCAACCCAUCACACAAGAGAGAAUACACCUCAAGGCCACUGAUCCCAACUGGCAAGAGCCAGACGACAUGGUACAAUGGAUGAUCAACCGAGAUGACGGAAAGGAGUCGAUUGAACAAAUGGCAAUCUUGCAACUAAGUCUCAUCUUUGCUGCCAUCCACACGACGACAAUGACCGCCACCAACAUCUUGUACACUCUAGUUUCCACCCCCGAGUACAUCAACCCCCUCCGCGAAGAGAUCCGCCAGGUAAUGGCCGAAAACGGUGGCACCAUCACAUUCCGCGCAUUGCAGAAAAUGGAGAAACUCGACAGCUACAUGAAGGAAGCAACACGGUUUUACCCUACCGGCAUCAGUUUCUUUGGCCCGCCUCGGUUCUCAAAGGCUUCACCCCUCAGCAAUGGCCAAUUACAUCCCCGCGCCGGUGUCAUCCUUCGAAGCCCCCGCCGCCCGCCAUUGUACUUCGGACGAGACAACUACCCCAACGCCGACGUCUUUCGAAGGUUACCGCGGCCUACAAACCUGUGCGCCUCGGCAAAGCCGCAGACAUUGCCCGCAACCAAAUUCGUCACGACAAACGAGGCCAACCUCAACUUUGGCUACGGCCGCCACGCCUGCCCCGGUCGCUUCUUCGCUACAAACGAGAUCAAAAUGGUGGUUGCGCGCUUGAUUCUAGAGUACGAUAUCAAGAUGCCCGAGGGCGUGACGGAGAGGUAUCCGCAGAUUGAGAUUGGGAGGAUGACGAUGCCGAAUCCGACCAAGCCUUUGCUUUUUAAGAAGGUGGUUAUUUGA